AUGGACUUUUCUAUUUCUCAAGCAUUAACAUAUCAGUCACUAUCUCAAAGUUCGAACGAGAAAUACGUUGCGGGUAACAAUCAAGAAAAUCACUUCAAGAAUAUUCUUUCAUCAUUGAUAUCCAGCAAAUUAAUUUCUCCAAAGCCUUGGAUUGAUUUGAUUCAUAUUGUCAUCUAUUCAGAACUGAGAACUCUUGAAAAAGAAACUAGUCAAAGCGUGAUGUUAGGUGAUACUGACGAAAAAGAUGACACACCUGUUGAAAAGAAAACAUCAGAAGUACAACCAUUGGUGUAUAGUUGGCAAACAAAGGUGUUUGCAAUGAAAUGUCUCCAGCAAGUAAUUGAAACCUAUAGUGAUGAGCUAUGGCACGUAGAUUUGUCUGUUGCAAGAAAAUAUCCCGACAAAGAUUGUCUGGUUAAUCAUCUUUCCAAAAUUAUUGACAUUUGUUGUACUGCCACUAAUAAGGGAACAGUUUCUGUUCAACACGCAGGACUUGUGUUGAUGAUUAAUAUUAACAACAUUUUUGGAAAAUAUCAAGAUCCUGAUGUUCCAUCAGAACCCCUUCUUCAACAACAUGCGCUUAGAUUUAGCACUGCCAUUAGUGAUACCAUCACCCAAAUUAAUUCUCCACUUCUUGUAUAUGCAUCUUGCCAACUCGCUUCUAUAUUUAUUCCAUCACGUAUGCUUAAAAAUCAAUCAAAAUUACUUUCUAGAAUGUGCUCCUAUUUACUCAACUAUAUAAUAGAUCCUAAAACUUUUGUCAGCUCGAGCCAAGGAGAGGUUACCACAUGUAUGAUCAGAAUUUCUGUGUUGACAUCUCUAGCUGAAAUUUAUGUUUCUGCUCAAGAAACUCAAAAUAAGGAUCUUUUGGAGAUUUUACAACCAAAUAUGAAGGAUAUAUUUAUUAACUGGUAUAAUUUACUUCAAGACUUUUCAAAUCUAACAGUCGUUGUUAAUGAUGAAGAGGAUGAUCACAUACUGAUACGAACGAGCAAUGAAUAUUAUGCUCCUAUCUAUGAACAAGCUGUUGAAAAUUUGAAUAACUUUUAUUUUGUUGAACCUGGAACUGAAAGAAAUGUUCUAUACUAUUUUAAGCAGUCAUAUGCCAGUGUUUUGAAUGCAAUUUCUGUUUCAAGAGGAAAAGAAGAUCUAGACUCUACUGCUGAUGAUAUUGACUACAAUGAUUCAUUACUUAUUGAUGUAUCAAAUCAAUUGGAGAAAUCUAUUGCCACCAAACAAUUCCAAAAACAUCAUCAUGCUCCUGGAGCAGUUUUCGAAGUUUUCUUGCUACUAAUUGAAAUUCAAGGCAUUAGACAUUUGGCUCUUCAUAAUGCCUGUUUAGACCUUUUAGAAAAGAUUCUCACUAAUGUUGACAUGUCACUAUUUGUAUCCAGUGAUCAAGUAAGCACACAAGCAAUUGUUACAACUAGUACUGAAGUCUGUUUGAAACCUCUUAGACUUCAUUUCCCUUAUCUGUUCAAACAAGAUGGAGAAUUCGAGAUGGGUUCAUUUACCUUAGAAAAGGAUCAAAAAGACCUAAUUGCGAAGAGCAUGUCAUGUCUCAAGGCAAUUGUGAAGACAUUCGGUCUUUCAAUCACAGGUGCUGUGGUACCAACAUUAUUUUACACAGCAUGUAGAGUUGUACAAUUCACAAGAUCCAAUUUAGGUUUAGACACAACCACAGCCAUUAUUGAAGUCAGCGAGAAGCUUCAUUCUGAAUUAGAUGGCUCCGAUCAAAGUAUGACUACUGAAGAAAAAUUCAGUAUUUGGAGUGUUGCUAUUCAUGCAUCCAUUGAUAAUAUUAUUAGUAGAUUAUUAUUUUCUGGAAAUAUUAUUUACACUCCAGAAAUUGAGUUAUUAUUCAUUUUCCUUUCAUCCUCACUCUGUUCCAACAUUGAACUUCAUGACAAGGUUGUUAGAAAUAUUAUCAAAGCUCUCCAAAACGAAAUUAUCAAUAUUCAUGAUUCCUCUAAUGGUGACACUAAAAAGAUUUCACAAGCAGUCGACAACACGUUCAACAUUUUGUAUGGACUUCAGAAUGGCAUUCUCUAUCUUGCAAGAAGUGGUCUGGCUAAACUUGCUGUAUUUUAUUCAAUGAGUGCUGCUGUGGAAAUUGUGCUGAAUUUAUCCUCUGAGUCCAAGUUCUUGGUCGUCUCAGUUGUGGACAAUACUCAUGUGCUUGACAAGAUUGCUCCUCCUGCAAUCAACAUUUUAUUGGCUGGAUUCUCCUUACUGUCCGAGUUAAACUCUCCUCCAGCUUCUGUUCAAAGUUAUCUCUGCACCAUUGUUCCAAUGCUUGUGAAUAUGACGAAAUUCGCGCGAGACCACAACAUGAGCAAAACAUUUUCAUUGGGAGUUCAGUGUUUUGACCGAUUAACCAAGGUAGCUCCAGACCAAUUCAAAUCUCUCAUCACGGCUCAGUUGUUGCCUCCUUCAGUCAUCACUGACAUUCAGGAAUUUGCCAAGCAACAGCAGCAAUCUGUGGCAGCUGCUUCAUCGAGUAGUAGCACUGCCAAAAAACCCGUGGUAGCAGCUUCCAAACCAAAGAAAAAGCUAACCAUGAACUUUUAA